UACAUAGCAUUUUGGUGUUGAUGGAAAUUUAUUAACAUUUGAAAUAUAACACAAUUGAUUGAUAUUUAGACUUAACGACGUAUAGUGUAGCGCAUUAUCGAAUCAAUAUAUGUUUCUCAUUAAAAAACUGAAUGAUAAUAUAUAAAUUAUAAAAUUGAAAGUAAAAUCAAUCCUGUUGGAAAUGGCAACCGGUGUAGAAAACAUCAGCAAUGAAGACAUUUGCAGCGAUAUAGUUGGUGGAUGCGUAACGCUUAGAUCGUGUAUACCGUGUAUGAAGGAUAACACCUCCACAUAUGCUACUCAGUUUUGUAUGAUUUGCAGUGAAUUCCUGUGUGAUGAUUGCAAACGGGGACAUAGUCGCUUCAAACCUGGAAAACAUUCAUUUAUCAUAGCAAAAGACGUAAUUAAAGUACCUGUAGUUGUCGACAUGAUGGAUAUUGACAAAUGCGAAGAACAUAAGAAAAAAAUAAAAUUCUUCUGCAAAGACCACUCGUUAUUGUGCUGCAGUACAUGUGCAUUCAUUCACAGAGCAUGUAUAAAUGUUGAUGAGUUAGCAAAAUUUGCUGAGGAGAAAAGAGAACUAUUGAAUGAUUUAAAAAGAGAUUUAAUCCAAGCUGCUGGGAAACAACGCGAUAUCAUUGAGGAUUGCAGACAAAUGAAACUAAGUUUAAACAAAAAUCUAAGCGAGCUCCCUAAAGAUAUUGAGGAAUUAAGGGAACAAAUAAACACACUGUUUACCAAGGCAACCACAAACAUUAAUAGCAAAGCGAAAGAUGUUAUCGACGUUGAAUUAAAGCGCCUCAGUGAAAGACAAACCUCUUUGGAAAAAGUUCUUCAAGAUAUCAACGAUAUUAUUCCCAUUUGUUCCGCUGUGUCCGAUAAUGGAACGCCUCAGCAAGUGUUUAUUUUUGCAAGGACCAUAGAGCGAAAACUAAACUACAUUAAAAUACACGAUGACCAGCUACAAAACAGUCAUUUUACAUUACAAUUAUCAUUGACAUUUACGAAAGCGAUUUAUACACUUCUGAAGAAAGAAAGUGAUUUUGUUAUACUAAUAUCUCACCGAAUUCAAAAGAUAUCAGAAACAAUGAGUGACGAUAUCUGGAGGACAGAGCAUAAAUAUGUCGGGCCCGAUGGUUUGGAACAUGUCUACGUUACCUACUGGGCACCCCCAGGACAGCCGCUUCCUAGACGGAAGCUUGAUAGAAGAAGACUAGGUUCAAGACGGAGGCUUGAUAGAAGAAGACUAGGUUCAGCACCCGGGAAGAGUUGGCAACAAUUAAAAGUACAAUAUUGUCCAUGAGAUGAAGCAACUAUGACAUUUAUUCUUCAUUAUGGUAGGAGUCACAUUUAAAGACAGUGUGUUCUCACAUUGAAGUAAUAUGAUAUGAAGUGUUUGAUCGUAAGUUCCAGAAUUUGUCAACAAUACGCAUAUUGGAUACUUAUAUUCACUGUAAUCCUGUUAUAGUACUUAAAUUGAGUUAUGUAAUAUAUAUUAUAUUUAUUUGAUUUACUUGUUUGAGUUAUUUAUAAUAGUAUGUUGUGAUGCGGGACUCAGGGUGAGUGUUGACAUGACUUUGAACGUUUUAAACUCUCUCUAAAUAAUGCUUUGCAUGGACUCUUACGAGCGGCCGACCCCAGCAUUAAUUAUUUUCAUGUUAAAUAUUGAUAUAAGUACAUCAUUUCAUUUCAUAGGCAACUUGUUAAUGUCUUUAUAUAAAUAUAUCCUAGUUGAUUACCGAUAAUACGUUGACCACAAACACGUCUAUAUCUCUUACUGCUCGUAAAAACUGGAAAUCAAAUUCAAAAUACAGGUGGCAAACGCAGGUCGCCGUGAGUUGCUUUUUUCCGUCUAGAGACUUGGAGGUCAAGCGAUGUUUAAAUAUCCACAAAGACACUAAGCACUGGCUCUAUCCGUUAAUAAGACAAACGCUUAUCAUACAGUCGAGCUGAAAUGAAAUGAAAAGGUUUAACUUAAUACACUAAGCGCACCUUACAUCACCUUACUUAUUCUGAAAUACACGUUAUGAAAUCACAACGAUUUAUGUUCGAAAACUUUAAGGUUGUUGAAGAAGAAAGAAAUCGGAUAAUGUCGGGUACAAUCGAGUUCGUACAAAGCGUAUUGUUUCCCUACGAAAAUUGAAGGAUAUUGUUCAACGAUUAAUUGAAAUAAAUAUAUCGUAUAUUCUAUUAACAGUUAUCAUGAAGAUCGCAACGCAUGUCGUACCGAUAUAAAAUGUGUGAAAAAAUAAAUGUUGACAUAGAUAUAAUAAAGAUGCUAUUUAUAAACGUGCCUUCAUGCUUAUCUGUAUAGUGUGUUCUAUGAACGACAGGUGUGUUAAUUCAAUUUUCCGAAAAUAUUUACCAUCACACAGUAUUCAUUUUUUUAGAGACAAUACUAUUAAACGUUUUGUUUAAAACAUUUAACAUGUUUCAAGUAUUAACUUUGCGACCAAGUAGCGGAUGGAGAGUGUUGAAUAUAACCAAUCACUACACAAUCUAUUCUAUGAAAUAUAUUCAAAGAGGACAUUUUACCAUAUCCAUCAUUGGUUUUGAUAACAUCAUGUUUUAGUAUCUUAGUCUGCAUCUUUUUUGAUUUUGGGUUGAGGUACCUGUAAUAAUCCUCCACCAUGAUAAUGAAAUGAUUUAUCUUUAUAAGGUGUUGUAUUCUCUGUAUUAUAAUUAUAUAAGAGUAUAUGUGUUUGUUAACACUAGAUCUAGACAUGUAUGCUUAUUUAGUUAGUUUCAGAUGUCAUUGGUUCUAUAUGUUACCUUUGUUCGCAUUAGAUUUUCUGAAAACUGUUUUAAUGGUUAUUGCUCCUAAACAUAUGGUGUUAAUGUAGUCAUGUUUUCACUGAAAUCAUAAUUUACGUCACCGAGCUAUAUAUAACCAAACAGUUGUUAAAUAGAUUUAGUAAGUUUCAUUUGUGUUGCAAUAUUUGUACCAGAAGGAAGCACGGCAUUAAUUUGAAACACCCAAUCAUGUUUUCCUUAGAUGCAGAAGUUUUUCUUACAUGCCGGCGAAAGUUCAUGUGUGUUUGUUUUUGCAUAAGAACAUGGAUAUACAUAUUUUGGUGGGUAACAAUAACAUAUAACUGUAAUCAACAUUCAAAUAACUUACUUUAACAUUUUUAAACACACGUACUUUUUUGGUUAAAUGUGCCCUUAUUUGUUUAUAUACUUUGCAUUUGUAUUGUUCGUAUAUACAUUGCUUAAAAAGCUUCGGAUAAAAGUGUUCUAGUAAUGCGUGAUCUGAUGUAAUCCGAAGAACACAUAUAAUGUAAAAAUAUCAAAUCUAUGCUUAAAAUUCGGAAAUGCAACGUUCCAUUUGUUUUAAACAGCUAAUAAAGGCUUCGAAAGACAAACAUCCAUUGUCUUAAAAGCGGUUUCACUCCGUUUCAUCAGUAAAAAUUGUCAUGAUGUCAAAAUGUAUAUUGCAAAAUACCAACAAAAAAGCCAGAUAUAAAAUUAUGUCAUUUUUUUAA